UUUAAGCAAGAGAGAGAAAGCGAGCGUGUGAGAGCGAGCAAGCAAAGCAAUCGCAGGCUUUCUCCACUCCUCAACGCGGCUGUUGCAGCAGCAGAGGCCGGCUGAGCUGAGGCUGUUCACUAGAUACAAGCAGCCUGAGAAGGACCGGGUGGGAAGGGACCUUGAAUCCUGAGGGGAUUUGCCACCAUUGGAGUGGGCCGACUGACUUUCUUUACCUUCUUCCUCACCCCUCAUCCCCACUCCCAACCUGUCAUCUUGGCUGCUACUCUCUAUGAGAAGGAGAAGAGGGAGGGCAGAGGUGUGCUUGGGAAGCAGGAGACCUAGUCGCCUUGAGUCUCAGGAAUUCUCCCACCAACCUGCACCCUCUUCCCUGCUGCUGCUGCUGCUUCCCAGCUUGGGUGGCUACGGCAUAUCUGCCUGACAAAGAGUCUGGAGUUUUUUUGCAAACCACAUACAGGAAACUGUGCCACAGAGGUGCAAACCAAGCCAUCAACUUCAGCAGGUCCUCACACAGCUUCGUUGUCUAAGGCUGGUUUAGAAGUCUCUUUCCUUUCUGAAGAAAAUGGGGACUGACAGUGAAAACAUAGUCCUGAGAAACAUGAUUAUCAGUCUCAAUUUGAUAUUCCUGGGAUUAGUCCUCAAGCCCUUUGAGUGUCGGCUAGAAGUUACAACAGAGAGGAUAAGGAGGCAGGUAGUGGAUGAGGAAGGCAACUUUGCCAACUACAGCCCACCAAUCAAAGAAAAACCAAUGGUCUUCAACCAUGUGUACAACAUUAACGUGCCCCUGGACAGCCUCUGCUCAACACUGUUCGAGGCCUCAGCUGACCAGGAGGUGAGUUCAGAAGACGACAGGAUGACGGAAUACACGGAGCAGACCUCAAACAGCGAGAGCCAGGUCACCUUUACGCACAGGAUAAACCUCCCCAAGCAGGCCUGCAAGUGCUCCACGUCCUCCCAGCUCAUGCAGGACCUGCUGAACAGAAUUGAAAUGCUGGAGAGGGAGGUUUCCAUGCUACGGGACCAAUGCAACUCCAAUUGCUGCCAAGAAAAUGCAGCCACAGGGCAGCUGGAUUACAUCCCUCACUGCAGCGGUCAUGGGAACUUCAGUCUGGAAUCUUGCAGCUGCAUGUGCAAUGAAGGCUGGAUUGGAAAGAACUGCUCAGAGCCCCACUGCCCCAUGGGCUGUUCCAGCCGGGGCGUGUGCGUGGAAGGCCAGUGCAUCUGUGACAAUGACUACAGUGGGGAUGACUGCUCAGAGGUCCGCUGUCCAAUGGACUGCAGUUCCCGAGGGCUUUGCAUGGAUGGGGAGUGUGUCUGUGAGGAAGGUUACGCCGGGGAAGACUGUAGCGAACUGAGAUGCCCCAAUGACUGCUCCGGAAAGGGGAGAUGUGCCAAUGGUACCUGUGUCUGCCAGGAGGGCUACGUGGGAGAAGACUGUGGUCAUCUCAGGUGCCUGAAUGCCUGCAGCGGACGUGGCAUCUGCCAGGAGGGGAUGUGCUCUUGUGAAGAAGGUUACAAAGGGCAGGAUUGCUCAGCAGUUGCUCCACCCGAGGACCUGAGAGUGGCUGGAAUCAGUGACCGGUCCAUUGACCUGGAAUGGGGUGGUCCAAUGGCUGUGACAGAAUAUGUGAUCUCCUAUCAGCCAGCAGUACCGGGGGGCAUUCAGCUACAGCAACGACUGCCUGGAGACUGGAGCUCUAUCACCAUCAAGGAGCUGGAACCAGGCUUCACUUACAAUAUCAGUAUCUAUGCUGUCAUCAGUGGCAUCUUUAGUGUCCCUGUCACUGUGAAGGUGACUACCCAUCUCUCUGUUCCACGGGGAUUGAAGUUCAAGACUAUCACAGAGACCACUGUGGAGGUGCAGUGGGAGUCCUUUGCAUUCCCUUUUGAUGGCUGGGAGAUCAGCUUCAUUCCCAAGAACAAUGAAGGCGGCGUGAUUGCACAGCUUCCUAGCAGUGUCACCACCUUCAACCAGACAGGACUGAAACCAGGGGAAGAGUACACCGUCAAUGUCGUAGCCCUCAAGGAACAAGCCAGGAGCCCCCCUACUUCUGACAGCGUCUCAACCUUAAUUGAUGGGCCAACCCAGAUCAUGGUGCGAGACGUCUCAGACACGGUGGCCUUUGUGGAGUGGACCCCACCACGAGCCAAAGUAGACUACAUCCUGCUGAAGUAUGGCUUGGUGAAUGGGGAAGGGGGAAAGACCACCUUCCGCCUGCAGCCUCCUCUUAGCCAAUAUUCAAUGCAAGCCCUGCGGCCUGGCUCACAGUACGAAGUCUCCAUAAGUGCUGUACGAGGGACUAAUGAGAGUGAUCCAGCUGUCACCCACUUCGCAACAGAGAUUGAUGCUCCCAAGAACCUCCGUGUUGGGUUUCGGACAUCAACCAGCCUGGAACUCGAGUGGGAUAACAGUGAGGCCGAGGUGCAGAACUACAAGGUGGUGUACAGCACACUGGCAGGCGAGCAGUACCACGAGGUGCUGGUGCCACGGAAGUCAGGGCCAACAACCAAGACCACACUCAUUGAUCUUGUGCCAGGAACAGAAUAUGGUGUUGGCAUAUCAGCUGUCAUGGACAGUCAGCAGAGUGUGCCAGCCACCAUGAACGCUAGGACUGAACUUGACAGUCCUCGUGACCUCAUUGUGACAGCCUCCACGGAAACAUCCGUCUCCCUGGUCUGGACCAAAGCCAAAGGGCCCAUCGAUCAUUACCGCAUUACCUUUACCCCAGCCUCAGGGAUGGCCUCUGAGGUGACGGUACCCAAAGACAAAUCUGAGCUCACUCUGUCAGACCUGGAGCCUGGAGUGGAGUAUACCAUUUCCAUCAUCGCAGAGAGGGGCCGUCAGCAGAGCCUGGAGUCCACAGUGGAUGCAUUCACAGGUUUCCGACCCAUCACACAGCUGCAUUUCUCUCAUGUGACUUCUUCCAAUGUGAACAUCACCUGGAGCGAUCCCUCCCCUCCGGCAGACAGGCUUAUUCUAAACUACAACCCCAGAAACAAAGAGGAGGAGACCAAGCAGGUCACGCUGGAUGGAACCAAGAGACAUGCCACCUUGUCUGGACUGCAGCCAUCCACAGAGUACAUCGUGUCACUGGUUGCUGUGCAUGGCAUGGUCAGCUCUGAGCCCAUAAUGGGCUCCAUCACAACAGGGAUCGAUCCUCCUAAGGACCUUGCUGUGGGCAAUGUGACUGAGAAUUCAAUGACCAUCUUCUGGGCCCCACCCAUUGCAGCUUUUGACCAUUACAGAAUUUCUUACCAGUCUGCUCAAGGAAGAGUAGACACCACACCAAUUGCCAAAGACAUCACUGCAUACACUCUCAGCCGCCUGCGGCCAGCUACUGAGUAUGAGAUCAAUCUAAAAAGUGUGCGGGGCCGGGAAGAGAGUGAGCGUACCUCCAUCAGCAUGUACACAGCCAUGGAUAAUCCACUGGGUCUGACUGCCACCAAUGUCACACCAACAGAGGCUCUGCUGCAGUGGAACCCCCCUCUGUCUGAAGUAGAGAACUAUGUCAUUGUGCUAACACACUACACAGUGGCAGGGGAGACAAUUCUAGUGGAUGGGACAAACGAAGAAUACCAGCUAACCAACCUGCUGCCCAGCACUGCCUAUACAGUCACCAUGUAUGCCACCAAUGGCCCUCUCACCAGCAGGACCAUCAGCACCAACUUUACAACUUUUUUGGAUCCUCCAACAAACCUGACAGCCAGUGAGGUCACCCGCCGGAGUGCUCUCCUUUCGUGGCAACCUCCCAUGGCAGAGAUUGAGAACUACAUCAUGACAUACAGAUCGACUGAUGGAAGCCGGAAGGAGCUAAUUGUAGAUGCAGAGGACACCUGGAUCCGCCUGGAGGGGCUGUCAGAGACUACGGAAUACACCGUACGCUUGCAGGCAGCCCAGAAUGCCAUGAGAAGUGGAUUCACCUCCACUACCUUCACCACAGGAGGACGCGUGUUUGCUAAUCCUCAGGAUUGUGCCCAGCAUCUGAUGAAUGGAGACACUCUGAGCGGAGUCUACACUAUCUCCGUCAAUGGAGAUAUUGGCCAGAGGGUGCAGGUGUACUGCGACAUGACCACAGAUGGGGGCGGAUGGAUUGUGUUUCAGAGACGACAAAAUGGUCUGACAGAUUUUUUUCGGAAAUGGGUGGAUUAUCGAGUUGGUUUUGGAAACAUAGAGGAUGAGUUUUGGCUGGGUCUGGAUAACAUACACAAGAUCACAUCACAAGGACGCUAUGAGCUGCGGAUAGACAUGCGAGAUGGUCAGGAGACAGCUUAUGCCUAUUAUGAUAAAUUCUCUGUUGGUGAUGCCAGGAGUCUGUACAAGCUCCGGAUAGGAGACUACAAUGGCACCUCGGGUGAUUCACUCACCUAUCACCAAGGCCGCCCAUUCUCCACCCAGGACAGAGACAAUGAUGUUGCUGUGACAAACUGUGCCUCUUCAUACAGAGGGGCUUGGUGGUAUAAGAACUGUCACCGAACUAACCUCAAUGGCAAGUAUGGCGAAUCCCGGCACAGUCAGGGCAUUAACUGGUACCAUUGGAAAGGCCAUGAGUUCUCUAUACCCUUUGUGGAAAUGAAGAUGAGACCUUACAACCACCGUUAUGUCUCGGGGAGAAAACGGCGGUCUCUACAGCUCUGAGUCAGCAGGAGCCCCCACCCCCAACCGCCUGACCUUUUCUGUCAUUUGUUUGUAUUUUAUAAUAUGAAAAGGAAAAAGAAAAUACUACUACUCUGAGAUAGCAACCUGCCCCAUACAUGACCUGGAAGGAAUAGGUGAUGUGUGGCUAGAAAGCCAGUGGGCUUUGGGAAGGGAAGGACGUCAAUGUUUUUUGUUAUUCUCAGUGAAAUGCCAAGUUCCCAAUUACCCCACUUCCUAGCCCCUACCCUUUUCAUGGAAAGAGAGAGAACAAGGAAGGGGGGGGAGAGAGAGAGAGAUUUUUAAUAUUUUAAAGGCCUAUAAGUCCCAAGAAAACCCCAUCAGAACUGUGUGUCCCCAUACUCCUCCCCCCCCCCGCCAUCUCUGUAAUCGAGUUUCCUUCGCAAUGCAGGUGCUGUCAACCAGGGACAUCAGUGAAAGUAGAGUUGGCCAAGAUGUGAUGUGGGCUCUCUGUUUAGGCAGACUGUCUGGCUGGGCAGCCUGCUGCUGAGUCAGCAAGCAGCACCAGCCAAACCUAAACAAGGAGGAGUGAAAAUAGUGUCCUGCCAUUUAUACAGACUCAUAGGGAACAAGUCAGAGCCCCUAUAAGCUAGGGUCUGAGACCCAGUCUUACCCUCCUAGCCACCCUUAAGGACCUGGGAGCUCAAUUCUCCCUCCAGCCAGUGACAAAGAAACAAAGAAUGACAAAGAAACAACAGCCCCUCUACCCCCCCGACACUACCACCACCACCAUAAUGACCAGUUCCUCCACUAGCCAAGAAGAUGCAGCUGUCCCUCUCUCCCUUUGACCAAGAACAUACAGCCUCCCUUAUCUCCACAAGCUCAAUACAGGCACACACACACAGAUAAAUACAGUGAGCAUAAGUAAUUUCAAUGCCUAGCAUUGUGUGCCAGAUUACUGGGAGUCAGAGAUCUCACAAAGAGAGCCUGAGGUAUGACUGCAUGCUCUCUCCAUCUCCCUUUGCCUUUAGAAGGGUCCCUGCCUACCAGUUAACUCCACUAUCACUAUGCUUCUAGCAUGCCCAAAGUAACCCUCUGUUUACAAUGAACACAUUAGCAUUAGGGGAACAGAUGGUGUACAGCAUCUGCCGAUAGGCAGGAACAACUGUACCAGCAGGCAACACUAGCAUGGGCACAGAAGUGGCCCUUCUACUCCUGAUUUGAAAUCUUUCUAUGAGUUAUAAAUAUGAUGAUGAUCCUUAGGUCAGGGGAGAGGACAGGAGUGAAAGAAUCAGCAAAAAUAGCUUCUAGGAAUCUUUAAAGUCACCCUAAAGUAAGUAAAUUUACUUUCUCUGUUAUUUCUAUAUGCCACAUUGUCAUCUCUCAUAGUUGUUUUAGGCCCUAAACCAAAGAGUGCUGUACGAGGGACAGUAACCAGAAGAAAUGGCAAGUAGCUACAGUUCCAUCCCGAUUCUGCUAGGAUAAGCUGCAGCCAUUUGCCAUGAAAUUUGGCUGAUGUGCAAGUUCUUUUGCAUUUUGGAGGUAGGAUGGUGUUGGGGUGGAGGCAAAAGAACCCCAAGUCAGGAAAGGUGGGACUCUCUUCCUCAUCGUUUUGUAGUCAGCCUCCCAGGUGAUCUCAAGCAAGUCACAACCUCUCUGUGCCUUGGUUUCCCCACCUCUGAAAUGGGAAAUUGAAUACUUCCCUACCUCAAAGUGAGGCUUAAUUCAUUCAGAUAUGUAAAGCACUUGGAGAUUUUUGAAUAAAAGGCCCUGCAUAUAGUCAAGGCCUUAUUAUAUAUUCCCUCCUUAUAAAGAGACACCUUCAUAGGUACAAACCUGAUACUUAGAUGAUCUGUCACCUCUCUACCUAUUGUUACUGACACAACCUUUAAUAAUUAAAAGUGAAUUUCAAACAUUAAAUUUACUCCUCAUGACUGAUGAUGCUGUUUAUGUUUUGCACUCUAUUCAGUUUGGCCAGUGAAAAUAACCUAGUCUCUCUUUCUGGCUCCCAUGAACCACCUAAUACCUAAUCACCUUAGCAUAGCCAAGAAUAAGCCAAUUGUCUCCUUAAUCAUCACACUUCUUGACUCAAUGGUUUAUAAGCUCUACAGCCAGCCUGCACCCAUUGAUGAGAGGGGAAGUUAAAAAGAAAAUGCAGUCUCCCUUUCUGCUCCACUCAUUGGACAGAAGAACUUAACUAACCCUGGGUUCAGGAUUACAUACAAGUCUCAACCCCUUGAGUAUUCUUCUUCAGAGAUAAGGGAAGGGAUCCCAUCUGUUGCUAACUUGACCUGAGGGAAUGAUGAGCUGCCCUUUAAACUCUUGUUUCUCUCUUACAGUAAAUUAGCACUGGUCUGACACCUUAGAAGUAUGUACCCAGCACUACAACAAAGUCAAGCCUUUUUUCCAAUCCUGAAAGCUCGCUUUUUCCCCUCCUGGUGAUCAUAUGACAAGAUGAGGGGGUGCAGCCUGCUUAGGCCCAGUUUUGAACAUACACUGAGUACGGAGUUUGCUCUACAACCCACUGUGGUCAAUGGAAUAUUUCAUCAUGAUGUCAGAGGUCUUCAGAUCAGGCUUUAUGUUACUCACUGGCCGUAUCUACAUGUGCAGUUUACUGCGGAGUAGACUAAUUACUGGCAGAGUAAACUAAUAAUCCAUGGAGUAAAGCAUCACCAUCUACAUGUGCGCCAGUAUUAAGCCACAGUAAACUAAUUAACAUCACGGUAAGAUAGUACCGUCCGGGACAAUAGUAUCUUAUGGAGGAGUAAUUUACUGCGAUUAAAUGUAUAUAUAGAUGCUGACCACGAGCAUAAAUUGCACAUGGUCAGCCUAGCCAGCAGAGGGCCAGAUUCCUCCUGCCACCUAGCCACAAAGCUCUAACUCUACACUUUCAACACCAUCAUACCUUAGCCAGCCCCUCCACCACCCGACACUGCCACCCAGAACCCAGGGCAGAGCAGGGCAGGAGGGGCCCUGGCAUCGAAUGCUCUGCCCUGGCUCAAAUUGCUACUGCCCCAGGUGCAUGUGUAGAUGCUGCACCCAGGAGUAAUUUACUCCAGCUCCAAUUGAUCUGGAGUUUAUUGCUUCAAAUUAAUUGCACGUGUGGAUGCACCCAUUAUGAAUUGGCUGAGGUAUAGGUAGAUCAAGGAGGAACAAGGUGUUCAGGAUUGAGAGAUUCCCACAGUAGGCAGUUAGUCCCACACAAGAGGCAGAUAUUAUGAAAGAGAGAGAGCAGGAAUUCAAAAAGCCAACAAGAAGCAGACAGGACUCAGAGAAACUUAGGGGACCCUUUAGCACUUAUUUGUAUGAUGACAACUUCCUCUCAUCAGCAACCUAUAAAUAGGAGAUGACCUCAUGAAAUGAAAAAUCUCCAUAGCUCACUAAGUGCACAGUUAAGUGCAGAGGCUAAAAAAGCACUGGGCUUACAUCCCAUCUGAGCCAAUGAUUAUUUGGAUGUUUUCAGACUGGAUUUGUCACCAGGUUUGAUUGUCUCUGUUCAGAUGAAAAACUGUGGCAGCUCAGUAUUAGCUAUUCAGCAAAGGGAAAAAAAGAUUGGUUUCUUUGGACUGGUACAAAAACAUGUCCAUUCCAGAUCACAACCUCAUCAAAAAUCAGGCUGAGGUGCUUUUAAAGCUGGUUUUGCCAGCAGGUAGCACUGCUCAAAAAAAGAAUGGCAAUAUUUUCCUACCAAGCAUCCCACAUUCCCUAGCUACAUCCCACAUCAAUUUUAACCUUAUAGCUGAGAUGGGAAGGCCCUACUAAUAGAACUCCAUUAUCCAAGAACAGAAAAUACAAUGCAGUCAGCACUCACACCUCUGACCACAUGCCAAGACAAGUCGUUGCCAUAAAAUUGACAGUGAUGUUGCCACUGCUGUGUUGUGGCAUGAGGUCCUGCCAAUCAGCACCGCUAGGAAAGGGAAUGGACAAUAAAGGUAGUCAGUCCUCCCUUCACCUAAGUUUCUGUCACUCCAGCUUUAUUUCUCUGCACUUGGCAGAAAAUCUCUUCUCUCUAUUCCCCCUUUUUGUCCCUUGCCUGUAAGAGGUUCAGUAAAAAUCACUAACUUGGAAUAAGCUGUGGAGAAACCCUUACUUUUUAUGAACUUUUCUUCCCCAUUUCAGCUAUCCCACAUAGUACCUGCCUCUGUAGUUCCAGAUAAACAGAGACCGCCUUCACUCAGGCAUCACCACUACUGCUCACCUGCCCUCAAUCUCUGAGUCUACUAGAACCCUUGAAGGAAAGAUGUCUACAAUGUUGUGUUUCUUCUGCCUUGGUGAUAUGCUAACUGUCAGACUCCUCAGAUGUCUAAAAUGUUAUGUUUCUGAGUAAAUCUCAGGAACAAUUGGCACCAACUUGCUACCUCACGUGGUCUUUUUCAUCCAGUCACAAAUGCCCAUGAACAGGCUGUUGAUCUUAGGAAUGCAUCAGCUUUUCAGCACUGAUGAACUUUUGGGGAACACAGACAUUCUGCCAAGGAGUCAUUUGCAAGCUGCAUUCAGUAUGAGAUCAGCCAGCUUUUUAAACAUAGUCAGGUUUUAUGCUGUGUCACCAGAUGACCCGGCUUUUAUCUUAAAUUAUUCUCUACCCAAAACAAAUGGUUUGGUUUUGUCGCCCUGUUAGGUUUUCUUUGUAACUAGAUGAAUCUUGGCAAAAGAAGGCCUGACAUUCACAUAAAACAACCUUCACUCCUAUGAAGGGUUCAAGAGAAACUAAUCAAAAGAGUGCAAACUCAGGUGGGAGUAAAUUUGAUUCAGAUGUUGCCGAGACAUUCAUGAAUGUUCUUCUUCUGUUCUCAUCUCUAGUCGUGGGCCUAACUGAGUUCUAGACUAAAUGUCUCCAUGGGCUUGAUCCAAAACCCAGAGAAGUCAGUGGUAAGACUAAUUUCAGUAGGCUUACUCUAUUACAAGGUCCUUUUUUAAGGCCUUGUUGAAGUCACUGGGGACUCAUCUGCACAGAGAGGGCUUGCAAAUCAGACCCAGGAUUUGAUUUAAAGCCUGAAAUGAAUUAGAAACACUUGUCCAAAGUGGGUGAGGUGCAAAAGCAUAAAUUCACAGCAUCAGUGGGGGAAGUGUUUUGGGGUUUUACCCUGCAAAGUGCUGAGCCUGAACUGUUGCCAGUGGCUCUGAUAGGAGCAGAAAGAGCUCAGGACAUGGCAGGAUUGCACCAUUCUUUCUCUGUUAAUAACCUAAGGUGCUAUUCAAAUGGUCUUUCUAUGAACCUGAGUUGUCAGUGUGACAAAGUCAUCAGCAAAGCUAACUGCACUUUAUCAUGCAUCAGCAGAUGCAUGACAAAUAGAACCAAGGAGGUGAUACUUCUCCUCUAUGUGUCAUUGGUCAGGCUGCAGUUGGAGUACUGCAUCCAGUUUUGGGCACCAUACUUCAAGAAGGAUGUUGAUAGACUUGAGUGGGUCCAGAGGAGGCCCACUCAUAUGGUUAGGGGCUUACAGGCCAAGCCCUACGAGGAGAGACUGACGGACCUGGACCUCUUCAGCCUCCACAAGAGAAGGCUAAGAGGUGAUCUUGUGGCUGCCUACAAAUUCAUUAGGGUGACGCAGCAAGGGAUCGGAGAUGCUCUGUUCACCAGGGUGCCUGGAACAAUGGUCACAAACUGACAGCAGAUUUAGGCUAGAUAUCAGGAAAAACUUCUUCACUGUAAGGGUGGCCAAAAUUUGUAAUGGGCUUCCAAAGGAGGUGGUGCUCUCCCCUACCUUAGGGGUCUUUAAGAGAAGGUUGGAUAGGCAUCUGGCUAGGGUCAUCUGAACCCAGCACUCUUUCCUGCCUAGGCAGGGGGUUGGACUCGAUGAUCUGUUGAUGAUCUUUUGAGGUCCCUUCCGACCCUAGCAUCUAUGAAUCUAUGAAUCAGUGAUUCUCAAGCAGGGUGUCUUAAGAUCCCUUCAAAAGUGCCAUGAGCUGCCAUACAAUGAUAGCACUGUUAGGCAUGCAAACACAAUUUACAAGAUAAACCCAGAACUUUCAAAUAGGAAUCCACAGCAUUAAAAAAAAUUCUGACUUGGGAUGGUCUUUCCGAGUCCUUUGCAAUAGAAGAUUUGCUCCAUUCUCUUUUCUGUAGUCAAAAAAUGUGCGAAAACUAAGAGCUGGCAUUUUCCAAAGGGUGCCUUGAGUCUAAAAAGGCCGAGAACCACUGUUUUAGAUUAAAUUCUUCUUAGCAAUUUUCCUUUAAGACAAUGCACUGAAGGAAUUUCUGCCCUUGAGAAACCAACAGAGUUAUCACUGAAGUACCAAGGCAAUUACCCAGCAGUUCUUAUUGGAUUCCCCUGACUGGCUGUGAUUCUUUUAAGGCUAAGCUCAGUCCCCAUUAAUUACUCCUAUGGAGGAGUUAAAGUGGGAAGAAGUGUGUGUUGAGAGAACGCAUCUCCCUCCUCCUUUUCUUGGGCUGCAUUAGCAACUGAAGAGAUGGUAUUAAAGUCUAGCAAAUAUUUUUCUGGUAAUGGGAUGCUGCCUCAGGACUGAAAGUCACAUUUGAUUUGAUUAAGAACACUGAAGUUUACAUGCUUCCCCAACUCACAAGCCUCCAAAAUCUAUCCAGAAAUCUUUGCAGAAUGGGUUCUGUCUGGGGGACAUCCUGUUUUCAGCCAGGUCAGAAAUGGUAGUGUUCCUAUUUACAUUAGAGCAAUACCUAGAGGCCACAGCCAAAAUUGAGACCCCAUUGAUAAAGAAAUUAGGCCUCCAAGAAUUCAGCUUUACUGUGUCUGGUCCCAUGUGCCAAAGUAGAGAGGCCUGCAUAUUAAAAAUACUUGCUAGGGAAUUUUUUAACACUUCCUAAGUAGGCUUCAUUUGAGUGUGAGUCAAGUACAAGGGAAGGCUCAGCUCCAUUCCAGUUUCAUCUCAGCCACUUUCUCCUACCCCUGUUCUACUCUUUGUUCAACAGGAGUUUAAAAACUGACUCAGAGAGAAAGAAAAAAAAAAAGGAAUGGCAAAGGCUUGAAAGGGAGAAUUGCCUUUCUGAUGCUUUGCAAAAAAGGUUUAAAAGUGAGGGACUCAGUAGGCGCAUCUGCACAUGCAAUUAAGUCAACUGAAUAAACUCCGACACAGUUUGUGCAGGAGUUUAUUGCUCCCAGGUGCUGUGUUUACACGUGCACCUGGGUCUGCAGCACACUGACCUGAAUCAGAGCAUCUGUAGCUGGCAGGAGGCCCAGGGGGGACAGCCAGACAGCCUGCAACUGCUCCCAUUGGCUCAACUGUGCUGCAGAGGGGCUGGCUGUACCAUGAGGGUGCUAAAAUGUGGGGCUAGCCAUCAGGCAGCCCCCACACUGAAGCACCCUCAUUCCCCAGCCAGCCCCAUCAGCAUCUACACGUGCAUUGCAGCACGCUAAAUAAUGUCAGCACAGGACAGUACUUGUGUUUACAAGUACUACUAACCUAUGACAGAGUUAAUUAGUUUACUGUGGCCUAAUAGCUUCACAUGUGUAGAUGCUGAGACUUUACUGAGGAGCAAAUUAGGCAUUAAACAUCUCAUAUAGAUGCACCCAGUGAGACCCAUUUCAUUACCAUAAGCAGAAAAAUAUUCCUGAGAUGUGCUCCGAUUGUCAGUGAGUUGUCAUUCAAGGAUUUCAAGAAACCUUUGCCUCUACCCUUUGCCUUUGUACAAGUUUAUAAUAAAAAUACUGCGAGGGUUGCAAAAUUGCAUUGUUAAUGUAAAUACACUGACCUUCACCUCCCUGCUUUGGGAUAUUAUGCAUCCCCAUUGUAUAAUACACAUAACUGGGCACAUCUACACAUGAAUAUUAAUGUGAAGCAAUAAACUAGCCUGCAGGCAGCCCUACAUAGUACCACCCUUGUGUCCCAGCCAGCUCUGAUCACUGUCUACACAUGCACAACGGCGGAAAUAACUCUGCCAUAGAAUAAUACUUGUGUUAGGUAGUACUAUGCUACAGCAGUGUUAAUUAGGUUAUGUUAAUUAGGUUACUCUGGCCUAACAUGUAGACAGUGAUGCUUUACUGUGGAACUAAUUAGGCAACUUUGCAGUAAGCAUCUCACAUAGAUGCACCCACUGAGUCCUAAAAAACAAAAGGGGACAAGGAGAGUUCAAGUGACUUGCUGAAGUUCACAUGGUGAGACAGACCUUCAGCUAGCAUAAAUUGGUGUCUCUGGUUUCAAUGAAGUUUUUCUGAUUCAUACCAGCUGAGGAUACAGCUCAGCAACUUCAGUUUAAACUGGCUUUGUAUCAAGAGUUAUUCUAUGACAGAACAGGUUUCCAUCAAUCUGGAAAGUCCAUGUUUAAAGAUGUCUUCUCCAGAGGCACUGUUCUGGGGCUAUAAACCAGGCUACAGGAUAAGCUGUUAAGUAUAUUGUACAAGUCAGAGGUCAAAAUAUCUCUUGAUGAACAUUGCCCAAUUAAUCAUGUCUACCAUUCACUGGUUCCCUAACACCAGUGCUGAAUCUUCACAAGAACACUCCUACAAGGGACUGACAUGCUGGUGGCCAAGGUGUUUCUCAAGUCCAGACAACAAGGAUUUAAAAUAUGAAAGGGCAGAAAUUGCAACUGAGCUCUCAUUCACUUGAUGUCUAGAAUCAGUUCACCUACCUAUUCACAACUGGUCGCUUGAGAAAUGCAGAGAGCUGCGGCGAGCAAAUCUCAGUGUACGACUGACACCCUGUGGGGAGACCGGAAAACUGCAACUUCCUACAUCCUUUAGGAGCCUUCCUCCUUCUUUCCUGCAGGUCAGGCAAAGAGGAAGGCUGGCAAAGGUCAGAGUUCCCUCCCCACUCCUGACAGUUUUCUGAGACCCUCAGGAGCAGAAGAGGGCAGUGGCAGAAUGGGGACAGGCUUAUUGACCUCAGCAGUUAACCCGUUGUGUAUACGUAUGUUUAUGAUGCACACAAAUAUCCAUACACAUCUUAUAAACAAACCUACAAGCUUGCCCACCUGAGCAAAGCACAAUUUGUCAAAGAAGCCACUGCCUCUACCAAACACUGCCAGCAAGGGUUAUCUGUUCAGAUGUCCCCCCUCCACAUGCCCCCCUUCCUUGUAGUACAGUGAAUUUCUGCCAAAGGGCCAAAAGAGAAUCAGUAGCAAAGACCAUGUGCUCUCCCAUCUUGGUGGAAGGCAGCAUUCCUGGAAGUUUCACUGGCUGCCCGUGCCCAGUGGGCUCUCUGAAUUGCUACCUAAGACAGAUACCCUGGGUUAAUCUGGGAAUAAGAAUUUCCCUCUUGUCCUUCACAUGCCUGCCUGAUGGUCCUUAGUUCCUGUUCUGUCUUGGAGCUAGACUAGGUGCUCUUAAUUUUUUUAUAUUGCUUAACUCCCCAGAGUCUACUAGAGAUCACAGGCACAGCUUAGCCAUGCCUGAAAGCAGAGACUAUUGCCUACCAUCCGUUUCAAAAAAGAAAGGGGUGGGAGAAGGGGGAGCCAGCCUCUGAGUAUCAGUCAGUGGAAAAAGACCCUCUUCAACAGCCACCAGGGGAUAUAAACCAAAUUCCAGGCUUUCAACAUUGUCACUUUUUCAGGAAAAUGACAGCAAAACAAAACAACCCCCUGCCCCUGCUGUACAUACAUUACUCUGGAAUGAUGUUUAUUUAAGAAAAGAAGAAGACGAAGAAGAAUGGAGGCAGAAACUUCCUCAGAGAGACUUUGAUGAACUAAACAAAAGCGGGAGAGAAAAAAUAACAACCGCCCUCCCAACCCUAUAAUGGAAACGUAGCUCAGAGAAUGGGAUCUAAGCUUGUUAACCAUUGUUAACUAGUAUUUUUAGUCCUGACAGCUCUUAGCCUAUGUAUAGUUCCUUUUUUUAAUGCAUUUUCUAUACGUUAAUAAAAGAUUCCGAAGGAGCAA